GAAUUUAACGCUCUCUCCAAUCUAACUCUCCCUCAUCAGUCAAACCCCUCUCUCAGUCUCCGACCCACUCUCACUCACCCUCUCCUUCUCUCACUCUCUCAGCGUCACUGUCACCGUCACCGACGCCGACCCACUCACCCACUGACCCUCUCAGCCUCACCGGUCUGACCUCUCACUCUCUCAAACCCUUCUCUCAGUCUCAGCCUCACCGACCCACUCUCACUCACCCUCUCCUUCUCUCACUCUCUCAGCGUCACCGUCGCCGACGUCGGCCCCAACCCACUCACCCUCUCAGCCUCACCGCUCAGUCACCCUCUCACUCUCUCCCUCACCGACCCACUGUCGCACGUCCCUGUCACCCUCUCUACUCUCUCACUCGCCCUCUGUUGUAACUCAGUCUCCAGUCUACGCGGUAUCUGAAAGAAAAAGAAGAAAAAAAGUAUGGCUGCUGCAAAUGCUGGACGGAUUGACUAUACACAGCCUGGACCCAUUGACGACUCAGUGUUGUCACAGCAGGCGACGCAUCAGUCCGAAGCUAUUUGGAAUGGACGGAUAAAACACUCAACUAAAUAUUUACUUGUGCACAUGCAUUUAAUCCAUACAAUGUACACGUAUUUGUUGUCAUAUAUUAAUCCAUGAUUUUGUUAUGUGCAGGAUCCAGGGUCCAUUACCUGCCGUAGCCAUAGUUCAGAGUUCUCCAAGCAACCUCCAAUGGUGGACGACCGAGUGAGGAACAUCAUCAAUGCAGUUGGUUUGAAGGGACUCCUCUGGGUCCCGAGUAGAGAGAUUGACAAUGGCCUGAUAACGGCCUUAGUGGAGCGAUGGCGGCCCGAGACUCACACCUUUCACAUGCCACAUGGUGAGGUCACCAUCACAUUGCAGGAUGUGGAGGUUCUUCUCGGGCUUCCUGUUGAUGGUGACGCUAUAACAGGGAGCACACAAAAAACUUGGGUGGAUGUGUGCCGGGACUUCCUUGGCUUUCGACCUGUAAAUCAAAACAACCAUAAGCAACUUGAUGGGCAGAGGAUUCUCAUCAACCGGCUUUUGGAGGAAGUUGCUAACCCAUUGCCACCUGAUGCUGAAGAGGAUCAGCUGCAUAAGUACGCACGAUGCUACAUCCUAGCGCUAUUGGGGGACACAAUAUUCAUGGACAAAUCUGGCGAUAGGGUGCAUUUAAUGUGGGUGCAGCAGUUGGAAGACCUUCACAACCCACGGAGGUAUAGUUGGGGAAGUGCUUGCCUUGCAUGGUUGUAUCGAGAGCUAUGCAGGGCAAGCGAGGACACCAGUCAGAUUGGUGGGUGCUUGCUGUUGCUCCAGUAUUGGGCAUGGGCCAGGUUCCCCUAUUUGUGCCCGACAGUUGAGCAAGGCCCGCCAGUGGGUGCUUAUGGUCCUCCAGUACGUGGUCCACUAUCCCUGAAGUGGUUGUGGGUCCCAAACAAGAAAAAUAGGCCCGCCCACAUCUUCAGGGGCAGGUAUCACGAGCAACUAGCUUCCAUGUUGCCAGACCAGGUGGUGUGGCAGCCAUAUGAAGCUCAUUUUGACGACCUCCCGCCGUGGUGUAUUGCAGGGAGGGCCGUAUGGACGGCAACGGUGCCGCUUGUAUGUUUCCACCUAGUAGAGAAACAUACACCGGAUCGUGUUGUUCAUCAAUUCGGGAUGAUCUAAGAAAUUCCCCGCAAUGUUAACACUGACAGAGUGCUUCAUGGCAUUGAUUUGAGGGGGAAGAUCGGUGUUAAUUGGAUGUUGAAACAUGCUGUGCAUAUCCUUGAGUGGGGUAAUCGCUUUUAUCGGCGUUGUGAAGCAGUGCUUGGUGAUAUGCCUCCACAGCAUGAGUACCACGACUGGUUCAAAAGGGUGACUCGGAGGUUCAUCGAUAGGCCUGGUGCUGUAGUGACUCUGCUGAUUGAAGGAUACGUUCGUUUGUUGAGGCGUUAUCCAGUGGGCACGGAGGACUACAACGACAUUACUGAGGUACUGACGGCAGUGCAGGCGAUGACACGUGUCCAACCUCCUAUCCCUGAGGCCCCGAUUGAGGAGGCAGCUAUGCCUACCGGCCCAAGCACGAGCACAGCUCCGGCCGGAUGUCAAUCUUGUCCGCCUGUUGCUACCCCUCAGCUUGUCCCUACCCCUGAUCCCUCUGCAUCCAUCCCACAUGCAUCCGCCAGCCCCACCAUCCCUUCAUCCACCCCACAUCCAUCCCUUACCGUCACCAUCCCUUCACCUAACCCACAUUCAGCUCCUACGCCCACCAUCCCUUCACCUAGCCCACAUCCAGCCCCUACACCCACCAUCCCUUCACCCACCCCCCAUCCAUCUCCUUGCCCCACCAUCCCUCCACCCACCCCACUUCCUUGUAUGUAGGUUAAUGGCCGUAGAAGCUAAAGUGAAAGUAACGUCAAAGAAGUGCCCUCGAAUAGAUAUUUCAUCCUACCAAGCAACUAUGCGCAUAUUAAGAUAAAUGACUGUUGUCUAGUUGUCUUUAUUUCCUAUAUCCUUUGUAAUAUCUACAUUCUGAGUUGGUCUAAAUUAUUUGGCCAAUAAACCAUAGGCUUGAUGAUGGGUUGUAGAAAUUAAAUGGAAAGCCCUUUUUUUAGGGGGGGGGGGGGGGGGGAGGAAGGUUUUGGUGUUUUCCUAUGACAUUGCUGUAAUUGUAAGACAGGCAGUUUCAAAGGGGUGGCAAAAUGUAUCAAAUAAGUACUGAAGAAAGGGACCCUUUAAUGCACAAUGUCCUUUCCAACCAAUAAAGAUGAGUAACCUAAUUAGGUUUUUGUCUAUUAGUGAGGGGAAGGAAAUGUCUUUAUCAAAGUACCAUAGGAUGAGAUUAUCAACCAAAAAAAAAAAA